AUGUAUGAGGUAACAAUAUUAUUAAUCCUACAGGCCCAUUUUGAAACAGUAGAAUAUCUUGAUUAAAAUUAAAAAAAAUGUCAGGGUGUCAUGAAUUUUUUUCAGAAUAUUUUGAAUGAAACAACUUUUAGAAAAAAAUAAUAAUCACUAGAUAAGAAAGUUACAAAAUUUUUUUAAUUCAAAUUUAAAAAGGGAACAAUCAGUGUAACCCAAUAAAUUGGAUGGUCGUGA